AUGCAUUCUUCCUUCCUCAACUUCGUAAUUCUCUCCGUGAUCGCUGGCGCCUACGCAGCCAUAGGCCCGACGGCAGAGCUGUAUAUCGGUAACGCCGACGUCUCCCCCGAUGGCUUUACACGAGCAGGGGUUCUGGCUGGUUCCGAUGCGAGCUCUCUUGCGUUCCCUGGACCGGUCAUCACAGGAAAUAAGGGCGACACGUUCUCUAUCAACGUCGUGGACGCGUUGAGCGACACCACCAUGCUAACGAGCACCUCUAUCCAUUGGCACGGUUUCGUCCAAAAUGGAAGCAGCUGGGCUGACGGCCCCGUUGGAGUGACCCAAUGCCCCAUCUCCCCUGGAAAUUCGUUCCUCUACGAGUUCUCCUCUGGCGACCAGGCCGGCACAUUCUGGUACCACUCGCAUGAUUCGACUCAAUACUGUGAUGGCCUUCGAGGUGUCAUGGUUGUUUAUGACCCUGAAGACCCGUACUUGAGCAGCUACGACGUCGACGACGAAUCCACGAUUAUUACACUCUCCGACUGGUACCAUACUGUCGCCCCAUCCGCCGGCCUUGUCCCGACUCCCGAUGCAACUCUCAUCAACGGCCUCGGCCGCACCGCUGGGGGAGACACGGUGGACCUGGCAGUCAUCACCGUCACUUCCGGGACGAGGUACCGCUUCCGCCUCGUGUCCAUGUCCUGCGAUCCCAACUUCACUUUCUCCAUCGACGGCCACACAAUGACCGUCAUCGAAGUCGACGGCGUCAACACCGAGCCCCUCGAGGUCGACAACAUCCAAAUUUUCGCUGGCCAGCGGUAUUCCUUCAUCCUCACCGCCGACCAAGACGUGUCCAACUACUGGAUCCGCUCCGAGCCCAACGUCGGAACCACUGGCUUCGACGGCGGGAUCAAUUCGGCCAUAUUAAGAUAUGAUGGCGCAGAUGAGACCGACCCUGAGACGACCUCGUCCACGAGCAACGCGCUCGCCGAGUAUAACCUUGUACCUUUGUCGGGAGCCGCUGCUCCAGGCACGGCGGAGGCUGGCGGCGCGGACGUGUUGCUCAACUUGGACAUCGCGUUUGACGCUACCAAUCUGGUGUUUACGGUGAAUGACGCGACAUUCACGAGCCCGACGGUACCAGUGCUUUUGCAGAUCAUGAGCGGGGCGCUGACGGCGGCGGAGUUGCUCCCCUCGGGAUCUGUCUACACUCUUCCAGCAAACUCGGUCGUUGAGCUCUCUAUUCCUGGAGGUUCUGUUGGCAGCCCGCACCCCAUGCAUCUUCACGGACACACCUUCGACGUCGUCCGCAGCGCCGGAAGCGAGACAUACAACUACGCAAACCCCAUCAAACGCGACGUCGUGAACAUAGGUGAGGAAGGAGACAACGUCACCAUCCGCUUCACCACCGAUAACGCCGGUCCAUGGAUUCUCCAUUGUCACAUCGACUGGCAUCUUGAAAUUGGCCUCUCCGUUGUCUUUGCAGAAGAUGCUGAGACAGUCGCCUCUUCUACCGUUCCUGUCGCUUGGGAUUCCCUAUGCCCGACCUAUAACGAGGCCUUCAACGUCACCACCGAUUCCGAUUCUCGUCGUCGCCGCAGGCGGCACGUGAAGUUUUGA